UAUGUGAUCCCCAACGACAAAUGCCCAAACAGAGCUCACUCUUCCUUCAACAAUGGCCGCCAAAUUCCCUCUUUCUUCUUCCCUUACCACCAUCAAAUUCUCACUCCAACAGAACCCAUCUCCCUUCUUCGCUCCUCUUCCCUGCACCACCUUCUCGCCGCCGCAGCCAAGGCCAACGCCAAGGGCUUCUCAGUUCAAACUUCUUGCAAAUUCAGGUGGUGGCGACGCCGAGGUCAAGAAGGGAGGGAAGAAGAAGUUCAUAACCAAAGAACAAGAGCCAGAGCAGUAUUGGCAGACAGCAGGGGAGAGGGAAGGGGAAAAUCCCAUGAAGACUCCUCUUCCUUAUAUCAUCAUCUUCGGCAUGUCGACGCCUUUCGUGAUCUUAGCCAUAGCUUUUGCCAAUGGCUGGGUUAAAGUACCUGUGAGAUGAAUCUGAUCAACCAUGACAGUAACCUGAUAUCCUCUGCUGCUUCUCUACAGCCCACCAAAAACCCACUGUUUAUGCCUAUUUUGAGUUGUAAUGUUCUUCCAGAAUCUAAUACAAAUUGUUGUAACUCAGUUCGAUUUUGUUGUUGGUCUGUCAGCUCAUAUGAGUUUGGAUUCUAUUCCAUUCCCAUUUCAAUACACCAAGCUGUUUUCUCGA